CCUGUAGAUAAAAGAUGAAUCUCAAGUUACAUGCCUUAUAAAUUAGAGCAAUUAAUCAGUCUUUCUUAUUUCACAUUGGAGCUUUUAGGUCACCACACUGGAGAGCAAGAGUGUCCUUUACAUUUGGCUUUAAAUAAUGCUGUCUCCACAGUUGUUCCACACAAUCUUAGGAGCAGUUUUUUUCCUGUUCCCAUGGUGUGCUCAAGGUAAACCUGCAGGAAGUAAUGCACUGCUUGACGUUUUGCAUUUGCCUAAAAAUGGGAUAGCUGAAGGACUUAGAGAAGUUUUCCUACCGCAGGCUGGCAAUGAAAUGGAAAAUGUCAUCCAUCAAUUAGAACAUCGGAUUUCCAGACUCGAAGGAGUCCUCUACUUAGAAAAGAUAAUAACAGGAUCAGGAGGAAAAAUAUUUGCUACCAAUGGAAAAAGAGGUGAUUUCCGUACUACACUGAAAACAUGUGAAGAGGCUGGAGGGUCCAUCGCUGCUCCAAGGAACCAGGGCGAGAAUGAUGCCAUUCUGUACUUUGUGAAGAGUUUUAACACCUAUGCUUACCUGGGGAUAAAGGAAUCUCUAAUCCCAAGUAAAUUCCUGUUCCUGGAUGGUACUCGGCUGAGCUAUACUAAUUGGCACGUAAAUGAACCUUCUGGCAAAGGGGAAGAGGAAUGUGUGCAGAUGUACACUGAUGGCACCUGGAAUGACAAGAGGUGCAACCAGAAUUACCUCAUUGUCUGUCAGUUUUAAUGCUUCUGCCUGUUACUGUCUAGCAGGCUCCCUGCAAUAUGCUUGCUUGCCUAUCCCUUGUCCCUUCUUAUGUAGCUAGUGAAAUCAGAUAAUACAGCAUGACAAAUAUAAGUCAGUCUUUGCCAAUCUUUUGCACAAAUGCCAACCAUAAAGAGGAAAUUACUCACAAUGAAA